AUGGAAAAAAAUAUGCUAGAAGCCUUUGAGGUGUGGUGUUUCAGAAAAAUUCUCGAAAUAUCCUGGACCGAGAGGGUAACGAAUAAAGAAGUAUUAAAUAAAAUAAAGGGACAACGACAAAUAUGGAAAAGUAUUCAAUCAAGAAGAGACAAAAUGAUAGGACAUAUAUUAAGGCAUGAAAGUUUAUCAAAGAAAAUACUUGAAGGAGAUGUUAAAGGACACGUUGCAAGAGGAAGACCAAGAGCGGAAUACAUGACACAGAUAAUGCAGUAUACGAAUAAGGGAAAUUACAAAGACCCGAAAGAACUGCGCUACGAUAGAGAAGCAUGGAGAGCUGCAACAAACAAAUCUACGGUUUUAUAA